UUCUUUCUCUUACUGCCCAAAUUAAGCUUUCUCUCCUCUUAGUAAUCAAAGUAGGAUAUUUAAAUUCAAAGCCAGAAGUGGUUGGUCAUUUAUUCAUUUGUUCUACAGAGAUUGAAAUAAUCAAUUACUUUUUCCUGUAGUUUUUUUUCUGGGUUUUUGGGAAGAAACUGAAACAGAGCAGAGAGGAGAAAAAUGGGUAGGGGGAAAAUAGAGAUAAAGAGAAUAGAGAAUGCUAAUAGCAGACAAGUCACGUUCUCCAAGCGGCGUGCGGGUUUGCUUAAGAAGGCUAAGGAACUCGCUAUUCUCUGUGAUGCUGAGGUUGCUGUCAUAAUUUUCUCCAAUACUGGCAAACUAUUCGAAUAUUCCAGCUCUGGCAUGAAGAAAACAUUUUCCAGAUACAACAAGUGUUUGCAAGGUUCUCCAGAGAUCCCUCUAAUGGAACAUAAAGCAGAGAAGCAAGACUCUAAGGAGACAGAAAAUCUGAAGGAUGAAGUUGCAAAGCUGCAAAUGAAACAACUACAGCUGUUGGGUAAGAACUUGACCAGCAUGAGCUUGAAAGAGCUCGAGGUCCUGGAGCAACAGCUUAGUGAAGGGUUGUUAUCUGUGAAGGAGAAGAAGGAACAAGUUCUUAUGGAACAACUACAGCAAUCGAGAGUACAGGAGCAGCGGGUGUUGCUUGAGAAUGAAACUUUACGCAGACAGGCAAGUUAUAUUUCCAUUGACGAAACUGAAAACCAUUCAUUAUGGUUUGGGUUACACGUAACCUAUUUUUACUUGUGCCUACCGAUGCAGGUUGAGGAGCUAAGAGGUUUCUUUCCAUCAGCUGAUCACCUGGCCCAUUCCUAUCUCGAAUACUAUCCUGUCGAAAGGAAAAAUUCUCUCAUGAGUCAUAGUAUUCCCAGUCCAUAUGGCACCUGUGCUUGCACUGUCGAAAAGGGCGAUUCAGACACUACCUUGCAUUUAGGGUUUCCAAGUAACUAUCCCAAAAGAAAGAAACCCGAAAGAGAAAGCCGUUCCAAUGACUCAGAGAGCCAAUUGGGGCCAGUAUGAUUCUUUCUAUAACGCCGUCCCCUUGGCCCCUAACAGAGAUGACAAAACUUUGAUAUGGGUAUGGUACAAUUGAGUCUAGUUUGGCAGUUUUCUUAAAGAACCCUUUGUUCAAAUCAAAAAUGUCCAUCACAGUGAAGUUAUAGAUGUUUCAUAUCAGUAUAUUGGAUGUACUUUUAGUACUAACAGUUAUUGGGAAAAAGGAGACUAUAUUCGCAAAUAGGCUUUCCUUUUGUAUCAAAAUGGACCUAG